AAGGGUUUUACCGGUCGCCUGUAUUCUGCACUAAAUCAGAAAGGAGUUCUCACCUUUAGGGAUGACCCAGAGCUUGAGAAAGGAAAAUCCAUUAGGCCUGAACUUUUAGCUGCAAUUGAGGACUCUAGAUCUGCGAUUGUCAUUCUCUCACGGAGAUAUGCUUAUUCGUCAUGGUGCUUGGACUUGUUGGCCUGAACUUGUUGUUCCUUUCUAUUCCCCUCUCUUUCUCUCUCUCUCACAGUCUUUGUUUGAUCAUCACAUUCACAAUCACACCCUUUGUUUCCCAUAUUCUCUCCUUCCUUGAUUUCUGCGAUUCCGGUUUCAUUUCGCCGAGAAAGUCUCAAGCUUUUCUCGGUUGGAUUGCUGGAAACUCAAGGGGAGGGAGGGUGCACUCAAUCUCUGUGCUACCGAUGCCAGACACUCGGCAGGCUCUGAAGAAUGCCGUUCCCAAUCAAUCCGACGGUACCGUUGAAGAGGCGUUUUGGCGGUUGACAAUCAAUGAGAAUCAAGAUGGGGGUGGUGUGACUCAGUCUAACCUAUACCCUGAUCGACCUGGUGAACCCGAUUGCAUAUAUUAUUUGAGGACUGGGUUGUGUGGUUAUGGCAGUAACUGUCGGUUUAAUCACCCUAAAUAUGCUUCACAGUAGUAGAACACGAGUACGAGGGCAGUAGCAGGAUUGGACGAGUAUGAGUGCAGUAGCAGGAUUAGACGAGAACAGUAGCAGGAUUGGACGAUGAUAAGUGCAGUAGCAGAACACAAGUACGAAGGUAGUAGCAGAACUGGAUGAGUAUGAAUGCAGCGAGUGCAGUAGCAGGAUUAGGCGAUGACAAGUACAGUAGCAAAACUAGACGAAUAUGAGUUCAGCGAAUGCAGUAGCAGGAUUGGACGAGUGCAGUAGCAGAACUGGACGAGUAUGAGUUCAGCGAGUGCAGUAGCAGAAUUGGACGAGCAUGAGUGCAGUAGCAGAAUUGGACGAGUAGGAGUGCAGUAGCAGAACUGGACGAGUAUGAGUGCAGCGAGUGCAGUAGCAGGAUUAGAUGAUGACGAGUGCAGUAGCAGAACUGGACGAGUAUGAGUGCAGCGAGUGCAGUAGCAGAUUGGACGGGUGCAGUAGCAGGAUUAGGCGAUGACGAGUGUAGUAGCAGAACACAAGUAGCAGAACUGGACGAGUAUGAGUGCAGCGAGUGCAGUAGCAGGAUUAGGUGAUGAUGAGUGCAGUAGCAGAACAUGAGUAGCAGAACUGGACACGAGUACAAGUGCAGUAGCAAAAAUUGACGAGUAUGAGUGCAGCGAGUGCAGUAGCAGGAUUGGACGAGUGCAAUAGUAGGAUUAGGCGAUGAGAUGAGAGUUCAUUCUCUUAGCAACGUA